AUGAGGCGAAAUAGAGAGAUUGAGGGUGAGGAAGAGUGGGAGGAGGAUCCCGCGCAGUUCGAGUCUUGGGACUACUUGAGAGCUCUUUGCGCACCGGGAUCGAUCCCAGGGUCAGUCUCUGACCACUCGCUGCGCAUCCUUGAGUUGAUGAGCCUGGCCUUCAACUUCAGCGCGGGACUUGCGAUCAUCUCGCUCAACAAGGCGUUGUUCAACCAGUUGUGCAUGCGAGCCGGGAUGCUGGAAAGAAAGCGUUUCACCAAGGGAAACCUCGCAGACAUGCUCAUAGUUGUCCUUGUUGUCGCGCUCGCGCCAAUCGCGUCCAACAAGAGUCUUUACCACAACAGCACCGCGACCUAUCAGCUCUUCAAGCUCCUGCAGACUCCUGUGGUAGCGGCAGCUGAAGUCGUGCUGGGCGUUAGGAGCAUGUCGAUCCUUCGGUUCGUUUUCCUCUCCGGGAUAGUUACUGGAGUCGGGUUCGCGGAGAUCGAGGACGGGCUGACGAUCUCCUGGGGGGUGCUGUGGGCGAUGGCUGCUGUGAUGCUGUCGUCGACGUUGAAGGGAUGGACCCCUGCUCAGCUCCUGCUGGAAGUCAUGCCAUGGAGCGCGGCUCUGCAGCUGAUCCUGGUCGCUGUGCUCGGCGAGUAUCGUUCGCUCUCCGUGUUCGUGAAGCCGGUGGAGGAAGGAGGUUUAGGGAGUGGCGGGAUGAUUUUAUUCCUGUCGACGGGCAUGGCCGCCUUUCUGGUCACGUGGUCGCAAGGAAUCGCUGUGGGAACAACAUCGGCAUUGAGCCACGCGCUCAUGGGGCAGGCCAAGACAGCAGGGCUGACCGUGUUGAGCGCGGUGUUGCUGCAUGAGAGGAUCUCGGCGCGGCAGAUGAUGGGAGGGAGCGCAGCCAUGUUGAGCCUUGUGCUCUACUCGUGGGUGAAUGUGCGAGAGGGCAAGAGAAUAAAGCACAACAACUGA